AUGGCGAUAAAAUUAUUAAUAUAUUACCGCGAUAACAUUUAUAUUAUUGAUAAGAGUUGGAACAUAAUAUUACAGAGAAAAUUACCUUUGCGUGCAUUUCCAUGCACGGAUUGCACGAGCAGUUUUAAACACAAAAGGCAUUUAACUUAUCAUAGAAAAUGGGAAUGUAAUAAACCGGCCAUAUUUCCAUGCGAAAUGUGUAAUAAAAAAUUUAAGACUAAAAAUCGAAGGAACGAACACGUCAGAAGGCUCAAACAUUUCACAAUGUGUUAA